CUGGCAGGCGAAACUUGAAUACCGCCAACCCCUGCAGGACGAGGUGCUGGUGGCACGCCUUAAAAAAGUCAUACAUGUACAAUAUCUUAUGUUGAAAGGCAAAGCGAUAAGAAUACACGGGCAUAUAUUUGCUCGCACUCUGCCUUUUUGUGCGUAUGCGCGCGGGGUAAUCAUCGCCAUCUUUGGAGAGGGCUUCAGUGACUCCCAGCGCCAUCUUUGGAUGGGUCAUGUCUUUUUUGUCUUCGCUUAUUCCUCCCAUUUUUGUCCACCGACCUCCGCUAAAAUUUCAAGCUGUUUGAACUCGGCUGAUGACGAAACGAAACAUAAACCUCAUGUGGAGGAAGUGACCUUCCUUCCUCCGAAGAACAGUUUCCGGGUGAUACGAGGUGACCUCUGGCCCCGUGACGCCGGCCUCUUCCUUUCCGGUGCUGGUCGCUGCCUGCAGGGACGCUUCAAAAUGGCACCUCGUAAGGGUAAGGAAAAGAAGGAAGAGCAAGUUAUCAGCUUGGGACCACAGGUUGCUGAAGGGGAGAAUGUGUUUGGAGUCUGUCACAUUUUUGCUUCCUUCAAUGACACCUUUGUUCAUGUAACUGACCUGUCUGGCAAGGAAACAAUCUGCCGAGUGACUGGUGGCAUGAAAGUAAAGGCGGACAGGGAUGAGUCUUCUCCUUAUGCUGCUAUGUUGGCCGCUCAGGAUGUGGCCCAGAGGUGUAAAGAACUGGGCAUCACUGCUCUUCACAUCAAGCUGCGGGCUACAGGUGGAAAUAGAACAAAAACUCCUGGACCUGGAGCACAGUCAGCCCUCAGGGCUUUGGCUCGAUCUGGCAUGAAGAUUGGGCGUAUUGAGGAUGUAACUCCCAUCCCCUCGGACAGCACCCGCAGAAAGGGCGGUCGCCGUGGUCGUCGUCUGUAAACAAUAGCUGUUAUCUUUCAUCAUUAAAGCUUUCUGAUAAAU